ACCAGCAGCAGUUAUCUGUCGUCUGUGUCACUACCGUCGCUGUUGCGACCGCUGCUGCUGCUCUUUUCUUUCGUUGGUACUGUGGCGGUAAUGGUACUGUGCUACUGCUUCUGUUUGUGGCCGUUAGUGGCUGCGUGCUACUUUGGUUGGGGGACAGUGAGUUCUCCCUCGCCCUCCGACGGCGACCGACGACAGACUAUGGCUGUUACCGGUUGUUGCUACUGCUGAUGGUCGCCACCGUCAUCGUCGUCUGUGCGUGUAUGUGUUUUGUCGGCUUACCGUGUCCUGUCUGGGUUGUGCUGCGUGUUCAUGUGCUGCUGCGGCUACUGCUGCUGUUCGUCGGCCAAUGCUCUGUCCGGUGGUGCUGUGCUGUGGCGGUUGGCUGUGAGAAGAAGAGAUUGUUUCUAUUCUCGUUGCUGUUUUCGCCACUGCUGCUGCCGCUGCUACUCUCGAAGUGCCGCUGUUAGUUGGGAGCUUUGGUCUGCCGUGCUGCUGCUGAAAAGAGUGUUUGUCCUCCGGCCGCGCCGGACUUGACCAUCAUUUCGAGUGGGGAUGUUCGGCCCGUUCAGCGUUCAGUUUGUGCAGCGCGUUGUGUUCCCUUUAACAAAAAUCAGAUCGCUAAAACGAGCGAUAGAAUACCUUUGGGAUCAGUAGUUGGUGCGUACUAUGUGUUCGAUCCUCUCCUGGCGCCUAAUUGCUGCCAAACGUCCACCGAUUGAUCAGUGCUGUCGCUGCCGCCAUCGCGAUACGGUGUGCAUUGGGCGCUGUAACCAUAUAGUCAAAAUCAUAACAACGCUAUUCUGGCUGUACCCCUGCACAGUGUGAUUUUCUAUGGAGACCAUUAUUCUGAGUGGCGGUAAUUUUUGUGUAAGCCCGAUCCUUGUGCGAUUAUAAUAAUCCAGUGGGACGAGUGCGCUAGUAGUUUCAGGCGUGUUAAACGCCCUGCUUCGGCGACUACCCAAGCGGUAACGAAGGCGAUUCUUCUCUUUGACUCUAUUAUCUGCCACCUGACUUCUGCCUGCAGAUCUAUGCCAGUAAAAGACGGAGUUCAGUUCUAAUAUCGUUACAUUGAGCGUCAAUAACUGCCAACUACGCUCGAGAAUAUCUCGGGGAAGCGCAGCGACCGGAUGAACCGUCGUCCUUCUGCCUGGUCUGCCCUCGGGCCGGGCAAAACGUCUCGUGCACGAAGCUUGUGCCAACCCGGUCGUUCUUGCUACUGAAUUCUCUGGUGGGCACAACAGCAAAUUUUAUUCUUUUUGUGAAGUCCGCACGAGGCACGCUCGUUCGUUCGCUCGCUCGCACGGUCCAAGUAAAUGCUCGCUCCGACGAUAGCCACCACAAUACGUGACAGCAUACAGCUCAACAGAAAGCGCUAGCUUAUGCCUGUGCUAGGCAAGGCCGCCGUAUCAAUCGGCGGUAACGAUACCUGAGCCACGGAGGCCAGGCGAUCAUCGAUCGGUCAGCAGUCGGUGGUCGCUGGCAACGGAAAUCUCAGUUCACUCCAGAUCAUCGAUCUGGCAGAACGGAGCUCAAACACGCAUUAAGUUAAAGCGUUCUCGUCGUCGUCGUUGUUAUUAUUCUCUUCUGCUCCAGAGGCUCACUUGUACUCGACGAUGGCAAUGGCGGUGACGCUACCGACGUCCGGCGUGAAGGCAUCGUCACUUUUCUAUACGGUCGAGGUGGGAGAUACGACGUUCACCAUCCUGCGCCGCUAUCAGAACCUAAAGUCAAUCGGGUCCGGCGCGCAGGGUAUCGUGUGCGCGGCAUACGACUCGAUGACCGGCAAAAACGUGGCGAUCAAAAAGCUCUCGCGACCGUUCCAGAAUGUCACUCACGCCAAACGCGCUUAUCGCGAGUUCAAGCUCAUGAAGCUUGUUUCGCACAAGAACAUUAUAGGCCUGCUGAACGCGUUCACCCCGCAACAGUCCCUGGAGGAGUUCAGCGAUAUGUAUCUCGUCAUGGAACUAAUGGAUGCGAACCUUUGCCAGGUGAUACAGAUGGACUUGGAUCAUGAGAGGAUGUCUUACCUUCUUUAUCAAAUGCUUUGUGGGAUUAAGCACCUUCACUCCGCCGGUAUAAUCCAUCGUGAUCUGAAACCGUCCAACAUCGUGGUAAAGAGUGACUGUACUUUGAAGAUCUUGGACUUCGGGCUGGCGCGAACAGCAGGAACGAGUUUCAUGAUGACGCCAUACGUAGUAACAAGGUACUAUCGAGCCCCUGAGGUCAUAUUAGGUAUGGGAUAUAAGGAGAAUGUGGACAUUUGGUCGGUGGGUUGCAUCAUGGGAGAAAUGAUUCGGGGAGCAGUGUUGUUCCCAGGUAGUGACCACAUCGAUCAGUGGAACAAGAUCAUUGAACAACUAGGCACACCGAGCCGGGACUUCAUGCGAAGGCUGCAGCCCACUGUGCGCAAUUACGUCGAGAACAGACCGCGCUAUGCGGGCUAUUCGUUCGAAAAGCUUUUUCCGGACGUACUAUUCCCCGGCGAUUCUGGAGAGCACAGUAGGCUUAAAGCCACCCAGGCUCGCGACCUACUUUCAAAGAUGCUGGUGGUCGAUCCCGACAAACGGAUUUCUGUCGAUCAGGCCCUCGAGCAUCCGUAUAUUAAUAUUUGGUACGACGAGGAGGAGGUUAACGCGCCUGCGCCGGCAUCGUAUGAUCACUCCGUGGACGAACGCGAGCAUACAGUGGAUCAGUGGAAAGCACUUAUUUAUCAAGAGGUAUGCGAAUAUGAACAGAGGCACAAUACGCUUGGAGCGUCGUGUUCGGCAGGACUCGAGCGACAAGGGUCGCAAGGUUCGCAGGGUUGUGCACAAGCUAACGUUGUGUCAGCCUCUGGAACCGGCACUGCACAUAACGCCUCGGGUCAGCAGACAACUGCCGCUGCCAAUGUCGUUGCGUUGCCGCCCACGACACCCGCUGUUACUGGUUCGUGUUCGUCCGUGGCUGGUGGUGCUCCUGGGGGCAAUGCAACCUGUGUUGCUCCAAAUGGGACAACGGCCACAAAUGCCCCGCAAUGAGAUGAAAAUGCUUUCCGACCAAGUGCUUUUACAAACUGCUUCCGAAGACACUUGACAGAUAUUUAAUUAAGACAUUGGCCAUUGGAAGGGUCACUCCGUCAGUUGGGUGAUCAGUUAAUCCGAUCAGCUACCUCACAACGGCAGUUUACUCUGACGUAGAGGAUGGACCGUUUUACGCGGCACAGCAUGCUGCCUGCAGUUAAGAAGCAAAUAGAUUCCUGCAUGACGGACUUUUUGGACGUAUCCGCUCUGUGUGCCGAGAAUCAGCAUCAUGCAACCAACCAGAUGCUGUUAAGGAUCACAAAAAAAAAUAAUCAUAACAGUUGACCAUACACGUGUUGCGCGUUGAUGAGAUCUAGUAAGCGACUCUAUAUAUAUAUAUAUAUAUAUAUAUAUAUAUAUAUAUAUAUAUAUAUAUAUAUAUAUUAGGCAACGAGUGAAAUGAAAUAAGGAAUAGGCGCGUGACAAACAUACGUGACGUGUCCGCAAAUCACUUUGGCCAUCCUGCCGCUAUUUGAGGAGGAAGAGUAUCAUUUUUACCGGUCGAUUCAUUGAUGGAUUAUUAAUUUAUCAGUUGACUGACUGAGCGAGUGAUUGAUUGGCUAAAUAUAAGGAUAAUGGUAAAUUGAUGAUGAUUGAGAGACAGGUAUAAAUAGUUAUUGCCAACUAAGGAGAACGAAAGUGGACACAGGACAACAUAGAAGGAAGGGUGGCAUCCUAUUGCAGACUCGGUACUUCGCUAUGAGACGAGUCUGCAAAAAAGCUAAAUAUAUUCAACUAAAUCUCAGAUUCUCGCCUCACCAGAACGCUAUCUUUUUUGUAUCUGUUUAGUAAACAUACAAAUGCUGAUAGGUUGCACUUCACGCAAAUUAUUUGACAAACUGUAAUGAUGAUGAUGAUGAUGAUGAUGAACAUAAAGCGAAUCUAUGGGUCGAUUGGGUAGCAAAUUUAUGACUGAAGUGUGUUGAUCUACCUAUUAUGUAUUACAGAUAAUAGUUGGGUUACGACAGUUGCCGAAGCAACGCCAUUGGUGUAAUUUAAGAAAGCUCGGUCUUGGCGCAUAUACAUAUAAGAAACACUUAGUUUAACAGAUAAUUGAGGACGAACUACCUAAUGCCUGUAUGAAUGAUGUAAAUGUCGAUUCUGGGCCGGCGCGCCCCUACCAAGUGUAUCACAAAAUGGGAACGUAAUUGGUUAAGAAAGUGGGAAUUACUUGUGAGUGCUCGCCUGUGUGUGCGUGUAUGAGGGUGAAAGGCAGAAAGAAAAGCAGACGAACAGACGGUAUAGUGUCUGCAACGCAGGUGCUAAUAGCGUCUAAUGCGUCGCAAAUGAACUACUAUUAUUAAUGCAUGUGCUACACUGUUGUGAGACGUGUGUUUUUGUGUAAAUUAUGCGCGAUUUAUCCUUAUAUAGGACCCGGUGAGUUUGUGGGCCUUUGGUACGACUGAAUAUACGCAUGAAAGAACGAAAGAGAGAAAGGGAGAAAGUGAGUGAGAGAGAGAGAGAGAGAGAACAAGAGAAAAACUACGUGAAUUUCGAUCUCUACCGAUGAUAAAUGACAGACCAACCGGUGACUAGGCAUAUCUGCUUGCCCUGACGUUCUCUAGGCUCGAUUGGCGAGUGAUUUGCUUAGAAAGGCGAGACGUUCAAGUGCUGGCCUAUCGCGAAGGAAUAACGCCAUGAGGCGAACGAAUAUGUGCCAAAUCCGUUGACGGUCCCCCUAUUUUACCGCUGCUCGCUUGGCUGCCUCCCAGUCAACUGAAAGAAUGAGAAGCAGCCAACGCUAUUUCAGCUUUUUUGCAAAUGACAAGAGAGGAAAGCACCUGAACACAAUCUUGACCCAACUGAUUUGCACCCCCCUUUUCAGCACAAUCCACCAUUUUCGACGAACACCCACAACAUAAUACCAUUGCUUUUCUUUCUUCAUAUUUAGUAAGCUUCCAGGGUUGACCGUUCGUAUCCCUCUCAAUGGAAGAACAAGCUAGUGUUAACUUCGUCUAUAUUUCCUCAGUUGAAUGCAUUGUUCCCUUGCUUUAUUCCUUAUAGCCCUUAAGGCGAGAAAUGGCUCGUCUGAUGAAUCGUUGCCACAUUAAAAGUAAUUCCUGUACCGCUCAAAGCUGUCUUCUCCAAAUGAAGAACACGUCGGGUGAGCCCGUUAGUGGAUCAUAAAAUACGGUUAUGCACAGUUUUUGCUAGUCGAAUAAUGCUAUGAACAAAAGUAGCAAAGUUAUGCCACAUUUAGUACUACUACCAGACCCAUGAUGUAGAUCCAUCCUGUUUGAAACCAUAGACAUCUCUAUAGCAACAAUACCUAUUAUCCAUUUUGACUUAGAAACAUGUAUGCAGAUGAUCCUAAAGUGAGCUUGCCAGUAGUGCUAGUAGUAGCCGAACGUCGUCAAUGACGAUGACGAUGAUAAUGAUUAUUACUUCAAUCAGCGUCAAAGCGACAAAAGUAUGGGCAGAAACCACAGUUAAAGACUGUAUGGCAGACAAAUACCUGUGCUUAAUUACAGCAAAAAUGUAUGACGACGGUGACGAGGCGAUAAAUGUGUCUGAGUACAUAGAAUUGUGAAUGAGAAUCGAAAAAGCGCCAAUGUCGACUUUUCUCACAGCCCCUCAACCCAAUAACCUAGACGAUUCACCGUAGACCGUAGAUCAGAUGUAGUUUUGAUUUCCUGAGGGACUCGCUGAAGAGUACUAGAUAAUAAUAAUAAUAAUAAUAAUAACAAUAAUCAUACCAAUACUGAUCACUGAUAAUAAUAAUAAUGAUGAAUAGCUCGGCGUGCGCGCUCGAAUAGUACAAACAAUCAUAGGAAGAAGAUUUAGUGCAUAGACACACAUUAACACCCAUCGAAACAACCAUCCACAAACAAGCAUAGGCGUGUCGACGUAUCAGCACGCUUGUAUACGAAGACAACGUUAUAUUCGUAUGUUUAUGAACCGAAAAGCCGCAACACUAACUGGGGGAACGCCCUGAGUCAGCGCCACACAUAGAAAUAGCACGUUUAUUGGAAUUACGUUCGCGUCUCUCUUAUACUGCUUGCUGAAAGACCGAUCAGAGCGGAAGGCAGGUAUCGUUCCGAAGGCGAAUCCGAUAUCUGAUCAGAGGGAGGAAGUCCAUGGAGGUGUUUCGCACGAAACAAUUCUAAAUCUAGACUUAUUUUUAAAUCCUGUGGUGUAACCGAUUGGACGGUCUGUGCAACGAUGCAUUUCUUUCUCUCUGUCCAAAGGGUUUGAGACUAAUUAGUUUUACCUUUGACACAAUUUCUAUUACUGACAACAAUGGACUCAGGUAUAAACUUAGCACGAAAGUUAUCCUUGGUAAGGAAGUUACAUAAUAAAACGGCUUAUUAAAUUAUCAUUAUAUCAAUAUUUUGACAAUGGAAGUCCGAACGGCAAAAGUGAAACGACAAGUCUUGGCCGAUCAUUUCCGAGAACCACCGUGCAAUAUUUAUCCCUACAGACCCUUUUAUAUGAUCGCGACUCAGGGCGACGAAAAACGCUAGAAUGAAUCAAUCAAUAUAACUUGAUGUGGUGUGAAGUGUGUAAGGGGUGGUCUCGACGAGGGAGUAAGCCACGGUAGAUAGCGAUUAGACCGCAACUCAGAAGAAAGAAAAAAAAAAUACUAGAUUAUUUAAUAAAAGCAAAAAUGGUAACACUCACUUUUCAGCUGUUACUAUAAACAACUAAUUAUAUGAUAACAAUUUUUAGGCAGUGAGUUGAUGAUGACAAAAUAAAGUACUGCCUUUAUUUAGACACAGUGUAGCUAUACAAGAUACAUAUUUGACCACCUAACAAGCGGUUAUUUAAUUAACAGGGGCUUAUUUCAUGUUCAAUAUUUACGAAUAUCUUUCUACCACGAACCAAGCGAAUUAUCAUUAUUCCCUGUGGAGGAGCUUAUAGGAAAGUGUUGGAGCCCGGUGAACAAUGCGCAGCGAUGCGGUGAUUCAUUGCCAGAUACCGGAAAUGGCGUUUCUGUGUACGGGACGACCGUCCAGUCCAAGAAUCCCUUAGAAACUAUCAUUCGCCAGGCGGGAAAUAGGAGAAGAUUCAAAUUCGAAAUCGUAGCACAAACAAGUUAAACAUAACGAGUGCGUCUGUGACGGUAGUUCGCCUGCGAUGCGAGGUAAACCAUCUCAAGUGGGUAUAACUGCCUUCAGCUUGUCAGCGCUUCAAGCCGGAAGCCUCUAGUCACGUGAAACGUGUAACAACGUAACCUGUUAUUAUAUUAGUAAUUAUGGUAAUGCUAAUAGUAGUGAUUACAUAAACAUGGGCGUGCGGAAACUGAUACAAAUAAACAAUAAGAAACGUCGUAGAGGUGCACACCCGCACACAUACAAGCACACAACACUCACGGCAAAAUAGACGGCGGAAUUUCACAACAAUUGCUCAUAGUCGGUCGAUCUCUCUCGCACUGUCACUGGCAAUAUUAACAAAAACAAAUAGUAUUUUUAUUAUUAUUAUAGCUAUUACGCAUAUAUAGGGUAUCAAUGUAGGAAAAUGAUACAAUUCUAUCAAUGAGUGGAAUGUAGCGUACACAGGGUGCCGAAACUUGCUCCGUAUCAGGCCAGGGAUAAAACGAAAGCAUGGGAUGAUUUCACGCAAACAUGACGAUUAAUUGAAACGUAAUUAGUAAUCUUGAAUCGGAGAGUAAGUGGUAUGGAGUACAGAGUAAACAAAGUUUUCAUGAUGACAUUUGACGAUCGUGCAUUGUGUUAUAUUAUUACAAUUUUGUGUGUUUUUCGAACGCAUACAGCAGGCAACUUGACAAGCUGUGCACACUUUGAGAACACGGGUGUACGAACAUGCAUGCAUGCAUACAUACAUACCUACAUACAUACAUACAUACAUUGCACGUUACAAGAAAGGGUUAAAUGGCUAAAAAUGUUGACAUCGUCUAAAUUUAUAGGAACGACCAUCAUUUAACUAACAGAACAUAAGCUAUAGUAUUUUAGGUGUUCGACAAGUCCCAAUGAAGCCGUUACGGCUUAUUAAGUUGGUACGUGCGGACGGAUCAUGAAAAGAUCUUGUCUUCUUUACUUGACGAGAGUUGUUGUGGGCGAAACGUUUGAUGCAGACACACACACAUGUACGCAAACCCGGCAAAUUACAAGUAGAAUUAUGAAGAUGACGAUUGUGAUACUGCUGCUGAUAAUGUCUGUCCUAGCCAUAGUGUCAAUUAUGAUGACAAAAGUAAAAUAACACUAACACUAUUGUCGAGUGAAUACUAAUAAGAGCAAUAGAUGCUGAAGAGGUCCUAGGCGACGCAAAAACGUGCCCAGUUCACUACGGCGAAUUGUACGUCGACUAUACGUGGACGUCAUGAACAAAAAGGAACAACAACAUUGAGGAUCACGCGCUUCGCUUGGGAAGUUAAAAAAAUCGUGACUAAUUACUCUAUUACUGUGAAACGGUUUACUAAUCGAUACUGAGCAAGUACCAUUAGCAAAUGCUGACUCUAACUUUUGCGUGAGUGAUGAGAUACCACCCGCAUCAUAUUCGUUUAAACAUUGUAAGACAAAUUGCAGGAACCAAGCAUGAGGUUGGCCAUAACACGUGCCGGAGCAAAAUAAGUUAUCACAGUAGAUCUAUAGACUAAUAGGGCGCGUCGUUAGAUUUCCUAAUUUUCACUAUCUCUGACCACAGACGCCGAAAUAGAAUUUACAACGGACUAUAAUAGUUCGUGAUCGAUGCCAGUGACCGCAGUGCUGUGCGAAACAAUUGUACUGAUAAGAUAAUUUCUUAUCACUUUGAAAAAUGGCGGCAAGUUCCACUAGCGUAUUGUAUUUUGCAUUAUUGAUAUUUGUCCACGACGUCGUCGGCAACAUGUUCAAUUUAGAUGGGGUAAUCCAGUUCUCAGAAAGGGGCAAGCAAUGAGAGACACGCAAACACUGGAACAGUAUCUAGAUAAUUCGUAUCAUUCUCGGCCGCCAUGCGAAAAGAAAGACAUGGCAACAACGGGCCAGCUGAUGAGAGCAACAAAAUCGAGAUCAGCUGGAUAAAGCCAUCAACAGUACGUCGUCAUCAUCGUCGUCGUUCUCAUAUUCGAUACGUAUAAUACAUCCAUCAUUAUAUAUAAACACAGCAAGUCUCUUACACAUCGGAUGACACAGUGUAAUAACAAUCGACGAAAAUUAACACAAAAUAACACCUAAGAGAAAAAGAGCCAGCCGAUGUGUUGCGCGACCUGACGUGCAGCCGAACGCCGAUUGCUUAAAUGAGUAAAGGUGAAGUGGGACGCAGAGCUGCGCGGUAGAUACGAUCACUUCCAUAGCAGUAGCAACAAUCGUAUACCGUAUGAUCGGAUAGAGAACAUCCGCCUAUUUACACGAUCGUAAAUAAUGAUUCUUCCUACGACUAUUGCUCGUCUAACAAUGUAAUGUUUCACUUAGCAAAAAAUAAAUUUGUAUCGAUGUGACUUGAUUAUAUAAUAUGUAACAUAUAUUUAUUUCAACAAGAGUUGGCUUGUCGGCAAGGGGCUUUCCGCCCGAACUCGCUUGAUUUUGCAUUGUCCAGCUUUCCUGUUGUUCUUCAUACUUUGUCCUGCUGUACCUUGUGAUGACGAUUAAUUUAAUGUACACUGCUGCUGUACACUGUAUAUUGGUAUUCCGUGUAGAUAGCUAGUCUGGGGUCACCCCGCACGCUCCACAGAGCAAGCAGUAAUAGUAAUAAUAAUAUAUCUAAUUAAAAAAGAUUAUAAUAUAAAUAAUGACCACCCUGAUAAUGAUGCUGACCAACGUAACACUGAAGGAAUACAAUAGAAGGAAGUAAAUAAAAUGCCAA